UUUCUUUUUAGAUAUAAUAUUAUUAAUAUGUCUUGCCUUAAAGAAAAACCCAAACCAAUGGUGCCAUUAAAAACUUUAGACAUUAUAUUCCGAAGAAGAUACGUGCCGAAUACUCAACAUUAUUUUGCGAAUAGAAAGCAUGCCGUGACUGGUCAGGGAGAGACCAGUAAGGUGUCAAGACCAUUUCGUGUACCGAGGUCAGAAAAACUUCUAUCUUACAUAAAAUAUAGUGACCGUCGAGAAAAGCUUAUCGGUAGAAACAGAUUGUCUCAACCUUUACACCUAAAAGAUAAUCUGAGAAUGGCUGCAACUCGAGAUAUUUCUGAAAGGCUUUAUUUACAAGAACCACCGGAUGACGUACGAGCGGUUGUCGAGAUACAUCCAGAGUUUUAUACAGUUAUUGAAGGUCGACCUUUGCGUUGUUUUGAUGAUAUAAAGGUAUACAUUAAUAAUAUACGAAGUUAUGCAAUGUAUCGGCAACAAAUUGGUUAUAGGCGUGAUCUUAUUAUGAAAAUUGAUCGUAAUUUAUCUGAAGAGACUAGAGAACAUGACGAAAUAGUUAUUAAUCUUAAACAACAUAUCAAAAACUUUCAACGUUUUUUAACAGAAGACUAUAAAAGAUCUUGUAUAAAAGUAUCAAACAUGGAAAAAGUGAAUGCAGAACUAGUAGCAAAAAAUUCAGAAUUUCUGGGUUAUGUUUCAAAGCUGACGAUACUCAAUAAUAUUUUGUUUAAACUUGACGCUAUUCGGAGUAUAUUAAAAAUAUACAGGAGCUACUUGAUAUUUGUGGCGCCUCUAUCGUGGCGGCAGUUAUACGAUGAGAAGUUAAAGCACAAAGUACAAUCCAUACAGUUUGAUACGGGAGAGUUUGUUACAGACAACGAUCUGGUUGAAACAUUGGACAUUGAUAAAAUGGUUGAAUUAGCAAAACAAGAAUUAAAAAAUCCGUAUCCUCCGCAUAUAUACUUCAGGAAACCACGACAAAUGAUGUAUUUGUUUCGUACAAUGGAAUUACAAAGCAGGGAAUAUUUGAUACAACUCUCAAAAACAGACGGUCCAUAUAGACUCUUACAAGAUCGUAUUAAGGAAUUAGUGAAGACAACUAAGCAAGAACUAGAUUAUUUUCAAUAUUAUAUCGAUAGCAUUAAUAAUGAAAUUGCAAGAGAAACGUACAAUGAGAAUCAUUUACAAAAAAAAUUUUUUAGAAUUUUAAACACAACUUUCUAUGAUAGUGUAGCCAGUCCUAACACCUUGAAACUAAAAAUAUGUAUCGAAUAUGUAUAUGAACAAAUUUUUGGCAAAUGUGAAGAGGGUCAUCAGAAUUUACAGGAUCCAAUGAAAAUUUUGGAAGUAAUGUAUGAAGAUUACAAUUUGCGAUUAGAUUCUUUAGAUUUUAAAAUAGUGAAUCAAGCACGUAAUGAUUUCUUUGCACAAGAUCUCAAAACAAUGACAAAUGCUUACAAAGCUCAAAGGGAAUUAAGAGCUUUCCGUGAAAUGACUAAUGCAAUGAAUAAAGCAUUCCUGCCCCCAGCCGUUUACAAAAGGCCGGUUAUCCCGAAGUUUUUGGACAAAAAGAGCAAAAUAGCUUUAGUCAUAGCCGAAAGACGUAAAUCGCAAAUGGCUAGUGGUGAACGGAAGAAACCUAAGAAAUACAAAGUAAGUGCAGAGGAACGAGAGGGAUUGCUGUCGUUUACUGAAUGGUGUGAGGGUAUGAAUCCUGGGCCCUAUUUGAAAGAGUAUUAUAGUUAUGUAAAACCAGCUUUCGAAUGGGUACCACGAAAAUCUGUUUUGCCAUAAUCG